AGAAGGGAGCGACAGGGGCGUCCUCUCCGCUGACAGUCCGCCAUGCUCACCCUGCUGCACCACUGUGGCAGAAACCUACUGACAUUCAGGACCGUCCAGACUGUGAGGAAGAGUUAUUACUCGGUUCAGAUGGGUAAACGCGUGGCCGUGGUGCUGGCGGGCUGCGGAGUUUAUGAUGGCAGCGAGAUCCACGAGGCCUCCGCUAUUUUGGUUCACCUUAGCAGAGGAGGUGCAACGGUAAACAUGUUCGCCCCCAACAUCGACCAGAUGCACGUGGUGAAUCAUCUGAAAGGCGAACCGUCUCAGGAGAUAAGAAACGUGUUGGUGGAGAGCGCAAGGCUGGCCCGUGGAAACAUCCUGGACCUGGCUAAACUCAAUGUCAAAGACCAUGAUGCUGUUAUAUUCCCAGGUGGUUUCGGGGCAGCGAAGAACCUCUGUACAUGGGCAGUGCAGGGGAAGGACUGCACUGUUAAUGAUCUGGUCAAGGCCGCGCUGCAGGCAUUCCACAGCGAGGGCAAACCCAUCGGCCUCUGCUGCAUCUCACCUGUCCUUGCCGCCAAGGUGUUUCCUGGGUGUGAGGUCACUGUCGGUCUUGAGAAAGAUGAAAAGUACCCUGAUACUACUGAUACCGCAGCAGCCAUCAACCAGCUGGGCUGCAAACACGUGAGCAAGUGCGUCAGCGAGAGCCACGUGGACAAGAAGAACAAGCUGGUCACCACCUGUGCCUUCAUGUGCAACGCCCCCAUCCAUGAGAUAUUCGAUGGGAUCGGAUCGAUGGUGCAGGACGUGCUGAAACUUGCUUGAUUCAACUGAAACUCUACGAACGGUGGAAACAAAGAAGGUGGUCAUGUCGUUUUAGCGAGCUAUAGCUGCCAGCUGACGUGAUUUUAAGGGGAUGAGGUAUCACCUUGAUUAGAAGCACUUCCAGAUACUCUUGAAAUAUACGUGUUUGUUAGUAGUAAUGUGCACUGCAUGGUCUAAUUCUUCAGGUUUAUCAAAAAUCUGUUUAACUCAACUGGAUUACUGGAUUAUAUUCAGAUGUAGUGGAUUGCUGUCAGAACAGUAUUGUUGACAGUUUUUUUUCCAAAAUCAAUAGCAGGCACAGUAUUGUAUAAAAAAAUGAAAUAAAAUGAAUAAAAUAUGAAAAUGAAAUAAAAUAAAAUGAAAAUGAAAAUUU